CUCCAACUACUCCCUUCUUGUUUUUUUAUAAGCUUUUAUUCUAUACCUAUUUUUUUUUUACUUUUCUUUUUCUUUGUUAUAUACAUAUUAUUUAUUACUUACACAACAUGUUCAAGUCUAUUCGUACCGCUUCUUCUAUUGCACAACGUGUCUCUUUGGUUGCUCGUAAACCUAUUCAACAUCAACAAAAACGUUUUCUUAAUAUUCAUGAAUAUCUUUCCGUUAAACUUUUAAGAGAAUAUGGUAUUAAUGCACCUAAGGGUGAAGUUGCUACUACACCUCAAGAAGCUUAUGAUAUUGCAAAGAGCCUCGGAAGUGAUGAUCUUGUCAUUAAAGCUCAAGUACUUGCUGGUGGUCGUGGAAAAGGCACCUUUGAUAAUGGUUUUAAAGGUGGAGUAAAGACAUUUAACACACCCGAACAAGCCAAAGAACUCGCAGAAAAGAUGCUCGGUCACAAUUUGGUUACAAAGCAAACAGGAGCUGAAGGUAAACCUUGUAAUGCAGUUUAUGUCUGUGAACGUAAAUAUGCUCGUAACGAAUACUAUUUUGCGAUUUUAUUGGAUCGUAAGUCUGCAGGACCUGUCAUUGUCGCUUCCUCACAAGGUGGUGUAGAUAUUGAAACUGUGGCUGCUCAAAACCCUGAUGCUAUUGUGACAAUGCCUAUUGAUGUAAAAGUGGGUUUGCCAAAGGAAAAGGCCUUGGAAUUAGCUCAAAAGUUAGGUUUUACUCCCAAGGGUCAAGAACAAGCUGCUGACACUUUUAUGAAUCUCUAUAAACUCUUUAACGAAAAGGAUGCUACUCAAGUUGAAAUUAAUCCUUUAUCUGAAUCCAGUGACAAUCAAGUUCUCUGUAUGGAUGCAAAGUUAAACUUUGAUGAUAAUGCUAGCUUCAAACAAAAAGAGGUUUUCAGUUUACGUGAUUUCAGUCAAGAAGAUAAACGUGAAAUUGCUGCUGCAAAAUAUAACUUGAAUUAUAUUGGUUUAGACGGUAACAUUGGCUGUUUAGUCAACGGUGCUGGUCUUGCUAUGGCUACUAUGGAUAUUAUUCAACUUCAUGGUGGUAAACCCGCUAAUUUCUUGGAUGUGGGUGGUGCUGCUACACCUGAGGCUGUUAAAGCCGCUUUUGAAAUCAUUACAGCUGAUCCUCACGUCUCUUCUGCCUUUGUCAAUAUCUUUGGUGGUAUCAUGCGUUGUGACGUGAUUGCUGAAGGUAUCAUCUCUGCUGCUAAGGAUUUAAACCUCAAAAUUCCUCUUGUAGUUCGUCUUCGUGGUACCAAGGUUGAGGAAGCUAGAAAACUUAUUAAAGAUUCAGGUCUUCGUAUCUUUGCUGUUGAAGAUUUGGAUACCGCUGCUCAAAAGGCUGUUAAGUUCUCUCAAAUUGUUACUUUAGCUAGAGAUGCAGAUGUUAAUGUCAAGUUUGCUUAAAGAGAGAUUUCUUUUACUAUCAUUAUUAUUAUCAUUGUUGUUGUUGUUGUUUCUUUUAAUUUAUAUAAUUAUUGGAUAAUAUGGCCUGUCCUUUUUUAUUUUCUAU